GGAGCAGAUGGAUAAGAGGCAAAGUACUGGGAGGCUCGGGGACCAUCAACGCCAUGUUGUAUGUAAGAGGAAACAAGGAUGACUUCGACGGGUGGGUGACAAAGUACGGUGCUACGGGAUGGUCUUAUGAAGAGGUACUUCCAUAUUUCAAGAGCAUCGAGACGUUCUACGUGCCCAAGUACGCAAACAACGGUUACCACGGACAUCAGGGUGAGCUCCCAAUAGGCUACGCACCCAGUCAAUCAGAGGCAAGCAAAGCGUACCUGGAGGGUUGGCGACAACUGGGAUAUCAUAGCGUCGACUACAAUGGUCCGUCUCAGAUAGGGUACUCGAGACCGCAAGUGAACAACGCUAACGGCAAAAGAGUUAGCUCGAGCACGGCGUUCAUCCUUCCAAUAGUGAAGGAACGUCCCAACCUGCACAUCACUUUGCGAAGCUUUGCAAAAAAGAUUCAGUUCGAAGGGAACCGUGCAGUCGGAGUUCAUUUUGAUAAGCUUGGAGUUCCACACUUCGCCCGAGCAAGAAGAGAGGUGAUUCUCUCAGCUGGUGCUAUCGGUUCACCUCAAUUGCUGAUGUUAUCUGGCGUGGGCCCCAAGGAGCAUCUCGAACAGUUUCAGAUACCUGUACUAGCAGACGUUCCGGUUGGCGAAAAUCUUCAGGAUCACAUUAUCAUUGGCGGGUUGGCAUUUACCUUGGAAAAAAAUGCUGGGCUCCACCCUGAAGCCUUAUCAGCCUACGAGAGCUAUUGCUCUCGUGGUGCAGGACCUUACUCAGUACCAAUGGGCGUUGAAGCCCUCUCAUUUACGAAGACAUCUAUCACGAAUGACGCCCGUCCGGAUGUCGAAUACUACUUGUUUGGGAUUUCGCCAGCGGGUGCGGGGUCUGAACAAUAUAAUACCGUGGCACUCGGCUACACCGAUAAGGUGUACAGCAAGUACUAUUUGCCCAAAAGGAACGAAUACGCAGUUCAGGUCGCACCAGGCAUCAACGGCCUGAAGUCCAGGGGCGUAAUUAAACUCGGGACUACCGAUCCAUAUGACCAUCCAAUCAUCGAUCCCAAUUACUUCUCUCACCCGGAUGAUGUAUUGAUUGCCAUUGAAGCAUCAAAAAUAGCAUUACAAGUGAUGCAAACCGACGCCAUGAAGUCCCUCGGAGCAAGACCUUGGGACAUUCCAUUGCCCGGAUGCGAAGACAAGGUUAUGUACAGCGACGAGUAUCUCGAGUGUCUCGCACGUCAUCUAACCCACACGGAGGGGCACUAUGCUGGCACUUGUGCAAUGGGGACACACGAGGGCGCAGUGGUCGAUCCGAGACUUAGAGUUCGCGGUGUUACCCAUUUGAGAGUCAUCGAUGCUUCAAUAAUGCCAGAGGUGACUACUGGGAACACCAAUGCUCCAGCAAUGAUGAUUGCCGAAAAAGGCUCCGCGAUGGUUCUGGAAGAUAAUGGGUUAGCUGUAUGUAACGCGGUAGUUUCAUAAGAAAUAAAGUGAUUCCUUUUCAUUU